AUGGGCAAAAAGAAAGUUACCCCUCAAUCCAAUGAUCCCAAGCUUCAAAACCCAUCUCACGAAACCCAUCACCCUUCCAAAGAUUCAACCUUUACAAAAUCUUCCAACCCUUUGAGCCGCCAAUCUUCCAUUGAAGACCCUAAGGAGAAGCUCCAAAAUCUGAAGUCUCUAAACUCUUUACUUGUCAAGGAGGCCUUUGAAAGCAGGCAACAGAUUGAAUCCUUGGCUCAAGCCAAGGAAGCUCUUGAGGCUGAGUUGAGUGAAAAGAAGAAACUUGAAGCUGAGGAGAGUGAUAAAGAUGUGAGCUUUGAGUUUCAAUGUGAACUGUUUUCAGUUUACACGGGGACCCAAAUGUUGGAACUUGGUGUUGAGAUGGAAAAGAUGAUCGGGGACUUGAAAAGAAAAGUGAAUGGACUGAUGGGUAGUCUUGAAAAUGAGAGGGAAAGGUUGAGUUUGGUUUAUAAAGAGAGAGAUUUGGUAAGGAAAGAUUUUGAAUUGCAGGUUAAUGAGGGUAAGUUGAUGAAAGAGAAACUGAUGGAAAUGGAGGAAAAUCAGAGGAAAUUUGUACAAGAGGUUGGGAAACUGAAAGCGGAAUAUGAUAGGUUGGUUAGGGAGAAAGAUGACUUGGAGAAAGUGAAGAGUUUGAUUAUGAAAGAUAGAGAUUUGUUGCAGAAGAACAUGAAUGAUGCGGCGGAGGAAGUUGGGAAUUUGAGAAGGGAGAAUGAAAAAAUUGUGAGGGAGAAGAGAGGGAUUGAGGUUGAGAAAAAUGAGCAAAGAUUGAAAAUUGAUGAGAUGGAAAAGGAAAUGAGGGAAAUGAAUGAAGUUAUAUCGAGUUUGAGGAAGGGAGAUGGUAUUUUGAGGUCGAAGAUUUUCGAGUUGGAAAACAACUAUUGUGAAGCAAUGGAUCGGGAGGCUGAAAGAGCGAUAGAGAUCGGUGCAUUGGUGGAAGAGAAGGAGAGAAAAAGAAAGGAGCAUUGA